AUGCAAGAAUGGUUGGAUGAACACAAAGAUGAGGUUGUUGAUAACAUAGAGGAAAAGGUACUUGAUGGUGCAGGACUGAUUAAGGAAGUUGCAACAGGACAUCGGGAUGUGGCUGACGUUGACGAUGAGGAUAAUGACGAGGAUGAGGAUGCCGAUGACGAUGAGGAUGGCCAUGAGAACCCUCAUUUUUUGAUAAAGGAUAAUGGGAUUCAGGUAGACGUGGGUGAGAAUGCAGGUGUAGGUGAUUCUUUCGAAGAAGAUAUGGCUGACAAUGAAGAUGUUUAUCCCAAGUUGCCAAAUAUUUUCAAUGAUAAGCUCAAUUUGAAGGAGCAGGAACCUAUGUUAGAAUUGACAAAGCUAGAACUACACAAGUGUUGCUUUAAGCCACCACUUGAAUUUGAAGGAUUUCUCAAUCUUGAAAAACUUCUUCUGAAGGAUAUUGAUUUUGGGGCUAGCUUGUGUGGAACUAAGGUCAACCUACCGCAACUUAAGAAAUUGUCCCUGUUUAAAUGCACAAAUGUCUACAAUUUCAACAUUAAGGCUACAAGACUGCAGGAAUUGAUUGUCUAUGUUUGUCCUAAUGCCAUGUUGCUCCGGUUAUUGGAUAGUGCGAGCCUUUUUUGGUUUCGAUUGCUUUUGAGAAACUAUUAG